AUGCCGGAGGGGGCUUCCCUCAGCCAAUCCAGGGAUUUCCUGGAUAUCCCCCCAAGUUCUUUCCUGCGGCCGCAAUAUGACCCACAUUACAACCAGUAUUACCCCCACGACGCUCCUCCAUACGGCGCAGGAUAUUGGGUUCAAAACCCUCCUCAAUUCCAACCCCCGCCUCCGCAAUUUCAGAACCCUCCUUCUCAAUUCCAUCAGCCCAGAGGCUAUGAGCCCUCCAGUCCCACUGGCAACGAGGGCAGAAUUUCCGUCACCAACAGCAAUUGUGGCAGAGCCACCACAAGCAACUUUGGAAACACGACUUUGACCAACUCUCAUAAUAACAAUCUGGGCAAUCAUCACGCUGAGAACUACGGGCGUAUACAAACUCGCAACAGCCAUAUGAGUCGAACCACGCGAGUCGGAGAUAUCUCGAGCAAUGGCGGCAAUGCCAGCGCAAGUACCUCACGCAACGGCUUCAUGACGAAUGCAAAUGUCAGGGGUGGCGCCAAUCACAAUUCUGGAUAUCAAAAUGGUGGUGCUGGCGGAUCUGUCAACAUUGGACGUGGCGAUUAG